GGGGCGCAGGUCGCGGGGCCCGAGCCGGGGGCAGCGAGCGAGCGGAGGCGCCGAGGAUCCGAUUCACUCGCUGGGGAGACCUAUGGGCCGAAGCCGUGUAAAUGCGUUUUAAGCAGGGGCCUCGGCUCCGCAACUGCCACUCCUCUUCGGGGUGUUGCACAAGUUUCGAGGUCACCGGCGACCCCCCCUAGCAGCGCGCCUGGCUCUGGCCCCCGCGAAGGAGGACGGGGCUUGGAGCCUGCAGCUCCCACCCAUCAUGUAGCGCCCCCAUGCACGCUUAUAAUUCUAGCACAUCAGAACUAGUCUGGCCCCCACUUACAAACGGGGAAACAGGCUCUGAGGGGAAUCGGAGUGUACCCAAGGUCAUGCAGCAGAGAACUGAUUCGAACUUAAACUCCAUCUCAGUCUGAGACGCCUUGGCGUGGUUACUGGCUACUUCUCUAGUGUGUUGCAUACUUUCUAAGGCGGCAGCUGAGGCAGAGGCUCCAUCCAGCCAGUCGGCUCCUCCUCCAAGGCAUGGCUGGCUACCUGAGUGAAUCGGACUUUGUGAUGGUGGAGGAGGGCUUCAGCACCCAGGACCUGCUGGAGGAGCUCACUCUGGGGGCCUCACAAGCCACCACGGGCCAGGUCGCUGCCUUCUUCGUGGCUGACCUGGGUGCUGUAGUGAGGAAGCACUUCUGCUUCCUGAAGUACCUGCCGCGAGUCCGGCCUUUUUACGCUGUCAAGUGCAACAGCAGCCCGGGUGUGCUGAAAGUCCUGGCUGAGCUGGGGCUGGGCUUCAGCUGUGCCAACAAGGCAGAGAUGGAGGUGGUCCAGCAUAUUGGUGUCCCUGCCAGUAAGAUCAUCUAUGCCAACCCCUGUAAGCAAAUUGCACAGAUCAAGUAUGCUGCCAAGCAGGGGAUCCGGCUGCUGAGCUUUGACAAUGAGAUGGAGCUAGCAAAGGUGGUAAGGAGCCACCCCAGUGCCAAGAUGGUUCUGUGCAUUGCCACCGAUGACUCCCACUCCCUGAGCCGCCUGAGCCUGAAGUUUGGAGUACCGCUGAAAUCCUGCAGACAUCUGCUUGAAAAUGCCAAGAAGAGCCACAUGGAGGUGGUGGGUGUGAGUUUUCACGUUGGCAGUGGCUGUCCUGACCCUCAGGCCUAUGCUCAGUCCAUCGCAGACGCCCGGCUUGUGUUUGAAAUGGGCACCGAGCUGGGCCACAGGAUGCACGUCUUGGACCUUGGCGGCGGCUUCCCUGGCACGGAGGGGGCCAAAGUGAGAUUUGAAGAGAUUGCUUCUGUGAUCAACUCAGCCUUGGACCUGUACUUCCCAGAGGGCUGUGGUGUGGACAUCCUUGCUGAACUGGGGCGCUACUAUGUGACCUCGGCCUUCACUGUGGCAGUCAGUAUCACUGCCAAGAAGGAGGUUCUUCUGGACCAGGCUGGCAGGGAGGAGGAAAACGGUUCCACCAAGACCAUCAUGUACCACCUCGAUGAGGGCGUGUAUGGGAUCUUCAACUCAGUCCUGUUUGACAACAUCUGCCCUACCCCCAUCCUGCAGAAGAAACCAUGCACGGAGCAGCCCCUGUACAGCAGCAGUCUGUGGGGUCCAGUGGUCGAUGGCUGUGACUGUGUGGCUGAGGGCCUGUGGUUGCCGCAACUACACGUAGGGGACUGGCUGGUCUUUGACAACAUGGGCGCCUACACCAUGGGCACAGGAUCCCCCCCUAGGGAGACCCAGGCUUGCCGUAUCACCUAUGCCAUGUCCCGAGUGACCUGGGAAGCACUGCAAGGGCAGCUGAUGCCUGCUGAACGGGAUGAGGACACUGAGGACGUGUGCAAGCCCCUGUCCUGCGGUUGGGAGAUCACAGACACCUUGUGCAUGGGCCCUGUCUUCACCCCGGCGAGCAUCAUGUGAGCGGGCCCGUUCCCCCCGGAGAACCCCAGCGGGGCCGCAAAGAUGCCUCUGGAAGAGGUGGGGAAGACGGCAGGCGAGGACACCCUGUGGCCAGGACUCUGGUGCCCACUCUGCCGCCCCCACACUCCACCUGUAGUGUUUCUGCCCUGUAAAUAGGACCAGUCUUACACUUGCUGUAGUUCAAGUAUGCAACAUAAAUCCUGUCCCUUCCAGCUGUGUCCGCCUUAUCUGCAGCGCAAGGGGCCUGGUCAGCCAGGUGUGGGGGUGUUCUUGGGGUCUCCCUCCGUCUCCUUCCCACCUUUGUAAAUAUAAUGCAAAUAAAUAUUUAGGUUUUUUAAUACU